AUGAGUAUAGAGCAGCUGAAUAAACAAGCUAGAGGCUCGCAACAUGCAGUCAAAAAGGCAAAAUCCAAGAUGGUCCGGGAACGACUAGACGCGGAGGACUUGCAAUGGAAACCAGUCCAAAUGCCGAGCUUUGCAGGCAUGGACGGUGGAGGCGGAAUGAUGAUGCUCGAAGAGCUAGAUGGCGUGGAUGUGACAUGGGAGGAAGACCUGGCAGGGCGCAAGAUCGCUCGAUUCGUGUCUGCCGGUGAGCCGAGUCGCAAGGGCAAAGAGAAGGAGCACGAGGCCUCUCAGGGAUCGGAGCAAGCUGUAGCAGCUCCAGUGGAGAGCGAUCAAAGCAAGAAGAGCAAGAAGCGGGCGAGAAAGUCCACUAAGGAGGAUGAAGCAGACGGAGCAUUGCCCUCUUUUGCGGCGCUUGACACAACAGAGCUUGAUGAUAUGGACGAAGCUUUCGAAGAACACACCCCGUCUUUCGAUGAUGCCCUGAUGCCUGCGUGGAGAGAUAUUGACUUGAAUGCGGCGUUAAAAAGGGGCCUACUGGGCUUAGGUUUCAACAAUCCUACGGAGAUCCAGAAGAGAUCAUUACCGUUAGCCUUGAGCGGCAGGGACAUCGUUGGAGUCGCCGAAACGGGAUCCGGCAAGACUCUGGCUUACUCUUUACCAAUCUUAUCCCAUCUUCUCAAUACUCCUAAAUCCUCAGAGACUCCACGACCCCUUACCGCGCUCAUCUUGUGUCCAACCAGAGAACUCGCUCUUCAGGUCGUACAACAUCUAUUUGAGAUCACAAAACUGGCUGCGCCGACCACUAGUGGACCACCACGUAUCAGUGUAGGGAGCGUCGUGGGAGGAUUGAGCGCGCAGAAACAGAAGCGGAUCGUAGAGCGAGGUUGCGAUAUAUUAGUGGCCACUCCUGGUCGAUUGUGGGAUCUGAUUCAAGCUGAUAACUCUCUGGGGGCUGGAGUGGUGGGACUGAAAUAUCUCGUUAUCGAUGAAGCGGACAGAAUGAUUGAAAAUGGGCAUUUCGCCGAGCUGGAGAACAUUGUCCGACUUAUCGAACGAGGCUCCAAGUAUGUUGGCGAAGACGAUGCCGAUCCUGUUUUCCAGAAUCUGGCACACCAGGAUCCGCCUCGAGAUGAUCUUCAAACCUUCAUCUUCUCCGCCACGCUGUCCAAAGAUUUGCAACACAACUUGAAGAAGAGACAUCGAGCCGUGCCCAAAAAGUCGGGCAAGCGCCCCAGCGCACUAGAGGACCUUGUGGAGAGAUUGGACUUCCGGGACCCUGAGCCAUUCGUUGUCGAUCUCAGUCCUGAGGGUGGGGUCGUCGCCAGUUUGAGGGAGAGCAUGAUCGAGUGCCUUACAUCUGAGAAGGAUCUCUACCUCUAUUACUUUUUGCUCCGAUAUCCUGGUCGAACCUUGGUCUUUGUCGGAUCUAUCGAUGGUAUCCGACGACUGACCCCGCUGUUUGAGAUGCUGCAGAUGCCCGUCUACCCUCUGCAUUCGCAACUGCAACAGAAGCAGAGACUGAAGAAUCUAGAUCGUUUCAAAUCCUCGUCAAAUGGUACUUUGAUAGCCACAGAUGUUGCUGCGAGAGGUUUGGACAUCCCUCACGUCGAUCACGUCGUCCAUUUCAAUUUACCUCGGACCGCCGACGCUUAUAUCCAUCGGAGUGGUCGAACUGCACGAGCCCAAAACCCAGGGUUCGCUCUACAACUAUGCGCACCUGAGGAGAAGGGUAUGCAGCGCGCACUCAUGCGAUCCUUGGAUCGAGAACACGAGGUUCCCGAGAUGCCGAUCGAAUCUGGUUUCUUACCGAAAUUGAAAGAAAGAGUCACACUCGCGAGGGAUAUCGAAAAGGCCCAACAUGAAGUCAAGAAGGAGACUCACGAUAGGAAUUGGCUUCAAGAAGCAGCAGACGAUCUAGGUGUUGAUAUUGACCCUGAACUUCUUUCCGAGCAGGAUGAUCCUGAUCUGCCAUUCCACAGGAUGAAAAAGUCCAAGGCCACACACAAGGGCUCGAAACGCGACGUCGGAUCUCUCAAAGCGGAAUUAAAACAUCUGUUGAGUCAGCCUCUCAUCGCUAGGGGUGUAAGUGCAAGAUACCCGACAUCCGGCAGUAAGGUCAUCGUGGAUGAUCUAAUAAAGUCCACGGGUCACACCAUGAUGCUAGGUGCAAAGACCACCAAAGCACACGACGAAGACCUGGUAACUCGGAAGAAGUCGUCCCUGAAUAAGCGGAAACGCUGAUGCGUCGGUGUCCCGCCUCCCACUCGCAAUGUGCAAGAUAUGCAUGGCUGCAGGUCAAAAAAAGGUUGAUGUUGAUUCGUACUAAGACAAGAUUUCCACACGCAUGCUACAACAGAACAAGAUCAGUCGGCCUUAUCAGCAAGAAGUCACGCUACAAGCAGAGCGCCAUCCGCAAUCUCAAGAAAAAUUAAAACCUCUGCCCUUCUCUACCAAUCUAGUAAGGUUCGAACCUGUGACCUGGGUCCGGACUACCUCGGCGAGGCACGAUUGAACCGCUGCAGAUUCCACGUUGUCGAUGACGAUGGAGCGCA